AUGCCUUCAGACAGUCUUUCAAAAACUCUCGCACAAAGAGAACUUUAUAAAAAAUUGGAAAAUAAUUAUAAAAUUGUUGAGAGCUACAGACCAAAUCCAAAAAUUGCUCAUGUAACUACAAAGUUCUAUGCCAGACAUGAGUUUGUAGACUUAACGAAAGUCGAUGAAGAACUGAUGAACCAUAUUUAUUACUUGAGGAAAGAUCUAAAAGAGAAAGUUUCAAAACCUGACAGCGUUAAUCAUAGCUAUGGAUGGUAUAUUGAACCAUUAGUUAAAAUAGACCGAAGUGAUCGACGUUAUUUUUGUCCACGAGUUAGUAGUGAAAAUACCAAAAUAAUGGAAUCUUUAGCUGAAAAUCGCGCAUUAAAAUUGGAAAAAUUUACUGGCAUACCAUUCAAAUUGUGA